CUGAACUUGAAAGAAGAAGACAUUUUUACAGACUGGUUAGCUAGCUGUCUGGGCUAAAUCGAUGUAGCCAUUUGUGUUGUUCCUUUAGAUCUAGCUUAUUGCUGGUUAUAUUUGAUUUGCAUGCUGUAGUUUUUUUGUCUAAAUCCGUCCGUCAAGAGCGGCGUUGUUGUUGCUGAUGUUGUUAGCCAGAAUACAGUUAGCUGGCUAAAUAGCUAGCUAGCCUCUGCGUUCAUUUCGCUGGCCUACAUUUUCCUAUCAAGAUGCCGCUGGGUUUGAAACCAUGUUGCGCUGUCUGCAAAACAAACUCAUCGUCUAUGUGGAAAAAGGGAAACCAAGGAGAGAUCCUGUGCAAUAACUGUACGGGGAAGAGCACCAGCAGUGGAGCAUCUGGACCCUCUGCGUCCUCCAACACACAGCAGAAUAAUGUCGGGGGCAAGCAGUCUAAACAAGAGAUCCACAGGAGAUCAGCACGGUUGAGGAGCACCAAGUACAAAAAUCCUGCUACCGAAAAAAAGGUCUCUACCAAAGGAAAAGGAAGAAGACACAUCUUCAAACUAAAAAAUCCAAUCAAAGCACCAGAAUCUGUUUCCACUAUCAUCACAUCAGAAUCAGUCUUUUAUAAGGGUGUGUAUUAUCAGAUAGGAGAUGUCAUCAAAGUUACAGAUGAGGAUGAUGGGAGGCCAUACUAUGCACAGAUCAGAGGUUUUGUCCAGGACCAAUACUGUGAGAAAAGUGCAGCCUUGACUUGGUUGAUACCAACCCAGGCCAGUCCUAAGGACCUGUUUGAUCCUGCCACUUACAUUGUUGGUCCAGAGGAGGAUUUUCCCAGGAAGAUGGAGUACCUGGAGUUUGUGUGCCACGCCCCCUCGGAGUACUUCAAGUCCAGGAGCUGUCCUUUCCCCACCAUUCCUAUCCGUCCAGAGAAAGGCUACAUCUGGACCCAUAUUGGACCCACGCCAGCCAUCGCUAUCAAAGAAUCUUUUGGCAACAGCAAUUAGCUGCUGGGGCAUUUACCAUGAAGAUAUUAACUUUGUCUAUUAGCUUGCUAACGGACGUAUGUACAUUUUUGUAAUAUAAUGGAGACAAGUUUAGGCUGUAUAAGACACAUUAUUAGUCUUUGAAUAUGGAAACUGGUUUGUAAACAUCCACAAUCUAAAUGUAACAUUGUGAACAGUACGAUAACUACCCAUGAAAUGAUCAUCCAGAGGUGACAUCAUCAAACAUGGGAUUGACUUUUAUAUUCAGUAAUGUGGAAAAUAAGUUUUCAAAAGCUUUGUUUACUAGAAUGCUUUUAAAACAAUCAACUUAAUUUUCUUUAGACAUCUGUGUCAUUCAUGUGAAGUGUUUAAUGAAUAUUAGAUCGAGACCAACUAAAAUUUUUAAAUAAAGAACAUUUAUUUAGAAAUAAGCUGUUAAUAGCUUCCAAGUUA